UUAAAAAAAAACCUCCCUUUCUACCAUCUCUUCCCUCAUCCUUCAUAUCAUCUUCUCCAUUCUCUUCUCCAUAUUCUCAACUUGCCUUCCACUCUCCCACUCAUUCUCCCUCCUUUCUCAUAUCCUCACUCUUACAUUAUCCUUCACCCUCCGUUCUCUUCUCCUCCCAAUCAUCAACCUCCCUUCCUCUCUCUUACUCCCUCUCCUUGUUCCUCUUUCUUUCUCUCACUUUCUGUUCCUCUCUCUCAUUCCCUCUUCCUCCUUGCUCCGCCCACUUCUAACCUCCAACAUUAACAUUCUACUAAGAGAACAUCCUUCUCCUUUUCCUCUCUCAGACCCAAUAUCAAACAUUCAGAGAGAAGUUAAAGAAAGUUAAUAAGAUGUGAGGUUGAAGAAAGAGGGAUAGAUGAGGUAAGAGUGGAGAUAUGGAAAAGAAGGGAGAGAGCGGUGUUUUCAAAGGCACCCGCCUCACUGCGCCUCAUACGCCCUACGAUGUGGGUAAAUAGCGUAGCGCCUCGCAUUUGAUGCAGUAGCGCCUUCUACGCCUCAUGCACGCAGUAGUGAUACUCUAUAAUUAUUAUCUCCAAAAGCAGUUCCCAAAACUUGAGGUUCUUGGUUUUAAAACCUUAUGCAAAGUUUCCUGUACCGCCCAACCAGGGCUAUCAGUGUACAUGAGAUAUAUGCAUAUAUCUCGAGAGGAUGCUGAAAGUCCUAGCAGCAUGCUUUCGAUCACUGAGAAGUCGGUCAUCAGUGCUUGCAAUAUUUGUAUAGGGUUAGAUACAUCAAAGGAUGCUCCAGAUAUAGAGACAUGGCCGGUUUCCAAAAUUGCUGUUUUUCUAGUUGAUCCUACAGAAGAGAAAUGCAUGCUUCAAUUCUCUGCUACUAUUCAGGGAGUCUGGUCAUUAGUGGAAAAGGAUAUUGACGCAAGCAGUGAUACGUCGGAAGGGGGAGUUCAGAUGAACAAAAUACAUAAAAUGGCUUCAAAAGGGUCCUUACAGAAUGAACCUCAUCAGUCUGAAGAGGUACUUGAGCAGUUAGCAUAUUCUGCUGCAGGGGAAAUAGCAGGUUUUUGUUCCUCAGAUUUAAGUAUCUUGGAACGUCAUUCAACGUAUUCAUUAAGCCAUGAGAAGACGACAACUCGAUUAUAUAUAAUGAUGUACGGGAGAGCAUUGUCUGAGAAGCUCUCAGAAAUUCCCAUCAAAGAUGUUAUAAGCAGCUUGGAAGGACCAGUGGUCAACAAGGAUUCAACUUCAGAAGCAGAAGUAACGUCCGUUGUUGAGUACUAUCAUAUGUUGCCAUACGUUGGAAUUAUAUCCAGCUGGCUAUCCAGGAAAAAUACUACCGAUAGUUCUUCACAUGUACUGGGGAAGGAGGUCGUGGGUGACAAGUACUCUUUAGAGCCAUAUAUACUGUCAAAGAAGGACCAUAAUGUGAACAAAACAUUUGUCCUGAAUGAACAGAAAGUGGAUAUUCAGAAUAGCAAACACGGAAAACGUGAUAGCUCAGUUAGAAAAGAAAAUAGCAAGAGCCUAUGCUUAGUGAAUGGGUCAUCAAAAUUUGCUAAACAAGAAAAUAGAUCUGGCAGUCUUUGUCCUCAGCCAGACGGUCAAACCAUCAUGAAAAAUCUGGUGAUGAAAUAUGAAUUUUUGAUGAAUGGGAAAGCUGAAGACAUCCUAAACACCAAGAAAAACAAAUUAAAAAAGGAAAUGCAUAAUGUAAAACAUGCAGGAAUGUUAGGGUUGACUAAUUCUUGCCAUGUAUCGGGUUUGCAGCAUUCUUUGGUGCCAGAUGGAAUGACAGCCAUGGAAGAUCAUCUGAUAAUAAAAAGAUCUGGCUUAAGUGAGCAAAACUUGGAUAUCAAAAGUAGUAACAAAAAGGUCAAAACUGAAAAAGGAACUAUUGAGUGCAAAAAGAACAUCAAUCAAAUCUCAACGGACAGGUCAGUAAGCAUAUCACAAAUCAUAGCUAAUGUUUCUCAUGUGAAUGCAGAUGACCACAUCACAUUGGAUGACCAGGCGAAAGAUAACUCUUUGCGGACUGGCAAGAAUAACGAAAUCUUGCUCAGCAAGAAGAACCAUGUAGAUGCAUUUACUGGCAGUAACUUGGACAUCAAAAGUAGAGACAAAAAGGUCAAAACUGAAAAUGGAACUAUCGAAUACAAAGAGAACAUCAACGAACUAUCAUCAGACAGGCCAUCUUAUGGAGUUAGUAGCUCACUGAUCAUAGCUGCUGUUUCUCAUGCUAAGGCAGAUGAUCUCAUCACAUUAGACGAUCUGGCAGAGGAUAAUUCUAUACAGUCCAGCAAGAAUAAAAAAAUCUUACUCAGCAAGAAGAACAAUAUAGAUACAUGUAAAGGUAGUAACCUGGACAUCAAUAGUAGUAAUAUAAAAGUCAAAACUGGAGAAGGAACUAGUGAGUAUGAAAAGAACAUCAAUGGACUCUUAACAGAAAGGUCAUCUUGUGGAGUAAGCAGAUCACAAAUCACAGCUGAUGAUUCUCAUGUAAAUGCAGAUGAGCUCUUCACAUUGGAAGAUCGGGCAAAGGAUAACUCUUUUCAGACUGGCAACUAUAGAGACAUCUCAGGCAGUAAAAAAGCUGGUGAUCCCUGUAUGAUUGGGCUGCCUAGCGCUAUUAAUUCCUGGAACGGCGAUAGUCCAUCCCUGAACAAUUACCGAAUAGUUUCUCAGACUAAAGAUAUCAAUGGAAAUAGUACCAUUUCAGAUAGUCAUGUUGAUGAGGAGAACUUCAUCCAUAGUGAUUUGAGUUCCAGGAAUAGCUUUGAAAACAAGGCAGAUAUGGUUGACUCAGGCAAGAAGGCUUACAUGCCAAACAGCACAGCUCAAAUCAGGGCCUGUACUAAUGGAGCUUCUCGAGAUGGAUCUCCAUUGGAUGGUCUGCAACCUUCGCCGAUAACGUUUAGUUCUAUUGAGCAUAUUACACUUGCUCAAGUGAUGGCAUGUAACAGAAGCAAUCUAAUGCAAGCUUGCUCACGAGUUUUUAGAAAAAAGAGGGAUGAUAUGUGUCAGCAGCAGCGUUCGCUCGAAGAUGAGAUUGCUCUCUGUGAAAUUAACAUCCAGACACUUUUGAGUGAAGGUGAAGAGAACUCGACAAGAAAAGCAGAUUUAAUAAUUGAAGCACUUAACUGUUUCUGCUCCGAAGGAUUUCAAAUGGAUGAAAAGUUGUCUUGUAAAGAAGAGUGCCCUUCUGGAACUAUUAAAAGGAGAAAAUUAUCCGAGGCAGUUCUUACUUCAAGAGAUCCAUGCCAGGAACUGGAUGAUAUAUGCCGGAAGAACAGUUGGCUAUUGCCAACAUAUAUGGUGCUUCCAUCGUUUACAAAUUGUCAGAUCACUGGAAUGUUUGAGGCUACUGUUAUAGUUGAGGGGGCCGACUUCGGGUGCAGCAAUGAUGGUGAUCCAAAAAGCAAACCCGCUGAAGCGCGGGAAUCUGCAGCAAACUACAUGCUGAGGAAACUAAGACGGAUGGCAGAUGUAGUCGAUUUGGAUAAGAAGGCAUGCAUGUCAAACCGCACACUUCAAAUCAGAGCCUGUACUAAUGGUGCUUCUCGAGAUGGAUCUGCAUUGGAUAAUCUGAAAACUUUGCCAUUAAUGUUUAGUUCCAGUGAGCAGAUUACACCUUUUCAAGUGAUCACAUCUAAGGAAAAUAAGCUAAUGCCAGCCUGCUUACAAGUUCUUCAAAAAAGAAGGAAUAAUAUGUAUCAGCAGCAGCGUUUGCUCGAGGAUGAGAUUUCUCUCUGUGAAAUAAACAUCCAGAUGAUUUUGAGCGAAGGUGAAGAGAACUCAGCAAGAAUAGCACAUUCAAUAAUUGAAGCAUUCAACUGCUUUAGCUAUAAAGGAUUUCAAAUGGAUGAAAAGUUGUCUUGUAAAGAAGAACGUGCUUCUCGAACUACUAAAAGAAGGAAGUUAUCUGAGGCAGUUCUUUCUUCAAGAAAUCCAUGUCAGGAGCUGGAUGAUAUUUGCGAGAAGAACAGUUGGUUGCUUCCAACAUAUAGAGUUAUUCCCUCAUUUAAACAUUGUCAGAUCACUGGAAUGUUCGAGGCUAUUGUUACGGUCAAGGGGACAGACUUUGCGUGCAGCAGUUAUGGUGAUUCAAAAAGCAAACCUUCUGAAGCUCGGGAAUCUGCAGCGACUAACAUUCUGAGGAAACUAAGGCAGAUGGUAGGAUCGUGAUACAACAGUCACUAGGUGAAAUAGGUGGUCUCAGUUUUUUGUUUUCUUUUAUUUUUCUUAUUUUUGUUAAAUGUUUGAUAGGCUUACAGGCAUGUUAGACAAUGGAACUAUGAAAUUUAUCAUGCUAGCAGACUAAACAUUGGGAGUUGUCAUAAAAUCUUAAAGUUAAAGGGGAAAAUUCUUGAUAA